UUCAACAGAAAUGAAAUGAUGUGAGGUUGGAACGUUCAAUAAAUUUACCAUCUUCAUCACUCACCGGAUCGUGAGCAUGGCUGUGCUACCUUUCCCAUACUCAGCAUCUCCCACUCCAUCUCUCCACUUGUCUCAACAAAAAGGCCUUAAAACAAAACUAAAUUCCAAAACAAGCGCGUUCUCACCAAUCCAAUGCUGUCACAGCCAGACAGAGCCAUUCCUACUGAAUGGCCUGGCCAGAGUUUCGGAGAAGAUUCCUCUGAGCAACCCUUCUGUUGCAGCUUCCGGCGUGGCUGUUCCGCCCAGGCCUCGAAGGAUAAUCCUUGUUAGGCAUGGAGAGAGUGAAGGAAACGUGGAUGAGAGCGUCUACACAAGGAUACCUGAUCCCAAGAUAUCGCUCACCGAGAAAGGGAGGGCACAAGCCGAGGCAUGUGGGAACAGGAUAAAACAAAUGAUUGAGAAAGAACACGGACAGCGCUGGCAGGUUUACUUCUACGUGUCGCCGUAUCGAAGGACCCUUCAAACCUUGCAACACCUCGCUCGUCCCUUUGAACGUUCCAGAAUCGCUGGUUUCAGGGAAGAACCUCGCAUUCGGGAACAGGAUUUUGGGAAUUUUCAAAACAGAGAAAAGAUGCGAGUGGAAAAGGCACUUCGGCAGCUUUAUGGCCGUUUCUUUUACCGAUUUCCAGAUGGAGAAUCCGCGGCUGAUGUGUAUGAUAGAAUCACUGGAUUUAGAGAGACGUUGAGAACAGAUAUUAAUAUUGGACGGUAUCAGCCACCCGAGGAGAGGAAAACAGAGAUGAACUUGGUGAUCGUGUCUCACGGCCUAACACUUCGAGUGUUUCUCAUGAGGUGGUACAAGUGGACGGUUCAACAGUUCGAGGGUCUCAACAACUUGGGCAAUGGAAAUAUGCUUGUCAUGGAAAAGGGUCAUGGAGGAAGGUAUAGCUUACUGAUGCAUCAUGAUGAAGAGGAGCUGAGGCGGUUUGGACUGACUGAUGAAAUGUUGAUUGAUCAGGAGUGGCAUAAAAUUGCAAGACCUGCUGAUCUGAAUUACGAUUGUCCAAUGGUCAAUUCCUUCUUUCCCCACCUCGGUGAAGAAACAUGCUAGUUGAUCAAGAACUUGCAGCAACUUCAAAGUCAAUGCAAAGGCUAUAAACCACAGCAUGUACAGUAAAUAGCUCAGUUAUGAAAACAAAGAGUAGUGUUGUAUCUAGCUAACUAGUAGAAAAGUUUGUACCCAAGAAUUUAACAAUAGAAAAAGUUAGUAUACAAUGAUCGGGUUACUUUUGGUUAGCACCGUGUUUGGCAAUAGUAGGCGAGUAUAGAUGGUAUAACAAAUGUUUUGUUGCCUAAGUUGACUCCAUUAUCUGCGG